CAGUACUGUAGAAGAUUAAUCAGAUGCCUUCUGUACAUUCCCUGCAUCACAUGCUGUGUCACGCAAACCUUGAAACACUGACCACAUAAUUUAAAUGCAUGAAUAAUUAGUUGAGCAUAAUGGAAGGCACUCAUACUAUCCUCCAAUUGUACAGCCCCAUUAUGGAACUCUGCUACGUCAGCUUCUAUCUCCCCGAGGCGAAAGUUAGAGGAUUUACAUACAAGGGCUGUGUAACUCUAGACAGAUCCUGUAAACGUUUCCAUAAUUGCUAUCAAGUAAGGGAAGGAUCCCAGACAGCAAAACUGAGAGAGCAUCCUUCUGAAAAUAUUGGAGAUAUUUUUUUCAAACAAACUACCACUCGAGACAUUCUUACUGAGCUGUAUAAAUUGACUGCUGAAAAGGAGAGACUGGUAGCUAACCUGCUAAAUUCACACAAUAUUUUGGGGAUUAAAAUGGGAAAUCAGGAUGGGAAGCUUCAGGAUGUUUCAGGAGUCAUGGCAUUGCAUAAUGAGGAUAACAUGGACUUUAAGGAUCACCAAGAGUCCUUUCUGGGAUUGAUGGACAAGGAAACCGGCUUGAAAAACAAAAAGACAAGGAAAUUUAGCAAAAGGAAAGAGAACAUGGAGGAGUUUUUAUACAAGAAAGGGGGAAAAAGCGUUCAUGAAAAUGACUUGCAGCCUUCUUCUGUGUUAAAUAGGAAAGAAAUUCAGUUGGGAAAUAACAGGAUACUUUCCAACAGAUUACCUCCUGGCAGCUCUCCCAGUUCCUUUUCCAUUUCUAAUUGGCAGGCAGCAGAAACCAAGGAUGAUUUACCACUGGACACACAAAUUCAACCAGAAAGAUGGAGCGAAGCCGGGUAUUUUCUUAAGAUCGGUGGGCCUGUGGAUUCGGAUGCAGACCUUUCUGAUUCUCUAUCUGAAUAUGACAAUGAGGUGUUUGGAAGCUGUAUUAUGUACCCCACUAGUAGUCUAUUGAAUGAUGCAGAGGGAAAUCUUAAAUCUGUGAAGAUACAACACAGCAGCCCUUUGCUCAAUUCUCAGCAAGACAACUUCUCUAAUAGAUUUGAGGCCUUAAAUAAGACUGCAGUGACUGGUAACCUGAAUAACUGUAAGUAUGCUGAGCAAACCUGCAAUAAGAAACUUGCAGCCAGGGUUGUUGCUAAAGUACAAGAUUUAAAAGCUUGUGUGCAGAAAGUUGUACAGACUUAUGAAGAAUCUGAGACCAUUUCUUACCCUGAGUUUCAAGGAGAUGAGACUAGUACUCCUAUUCUUGCCACAGUGCACAAUGAAUUUAUUCCCAAAGCUGAUAUAUUUACUGUAGAUGAUGUUGCUGUGGACUCCAAAAACACUGUGAUGCCAGCAAAGGAACGAGGUGACUCUGUGUUACAGCAUGAAGGAAAGAAAGUAUGCAUUACUGAUGAGUCAUACAACCUUACGGGAGCAGUCAAUAAAACCCUUCUGAAAGUUAGACAGAGUGACAGUUUAGAUGAAGCUGCAGAAUGGAGGAAACUGCAACAAAUUACAAGAGCAGACAGAAAACUACCAGGCUCAAUGCAUGACCAAAGACCUCUGGUACCUCAGGAAAGCAGCAAACGUUUGUUUUUAAAUCUGCCAAUAAAUAUAAGUCCUAAUAUUUCUCAGACAAAUACCAAUCUCAAACCGGAAGAGAAAAGGCAGCUUUCACCCUCUUUAGCAGCAGUGAGUAAUGUUCUUAAUUUACAUCCAUUAUCUAACACACACAAACAAAUGUCACCUAUUCCUUCUCCUUUAUCUUCGAGAUUGUCUAGCCCACAACUUCACCAUCGGAUUCUUCCACUGCCUGCACAGAAUGCUGAGGAGGAAUCAGCGUUCAGUGAUUAUUGCGGUGGGAGACACAAUGCCAUGGACUUCUCCUUUGCUAGGAGUUUGGAAUCACAGUUUCAUCUGAAGUUUCCUGAAACUGGAGAAUCAGGAUUUUCCAUAAGACAACUCAGCCAGCAUCUGAGUGCAACUGGAGAGCAUUUUGAAAAGUGUAGUAUACUGGGAACACUAACUACACAGACACAGCAACAGCUAAGCCCAGGUUUGUCUUGUUUUUGGCAUUAAGAGCCCCCAUAGAAAUACAGAUAUAGAAUUGUUAUUCUGGUUUAGCUUGUUGUUUGUCUUUUUUAAUAGUACCUAGUCCCUAGCGUCUGAAUAGUGCAUUUGUAAGGGAAGUAAGUUUAUUACUACUAAAGGCUUUGAUUAGAAAAACUGAAAAUGUAUUGGGCUUUUAUAUUGGCAGUUAGGUUAAGAACAUUUAUCUUUAAUAAAGUGCUUUGCU